AUGGCUAUUCCUGCAACCCUCAAUUCUUCUUCUUACCCAGGGGAUACGAUUAUCCCGAACCCCAAUAACAAAGGCCCAGGCUUGAUGCGUCGGAUCUCUAGAGGCGCUGCAAACAAACUCACGAGACGAAGAGCAUCGAACUCCCAUAAUGACAAGCGUGACCGCAGCUCGGGGCCCGUCAUUAUGCGUCGCCGCAGUGACAGUAAGACGGGAACACAAAAUGGUCGAGACAGCGCCCUCGAAUCUAGUUACGAAGAAGAUAGCAACGACGCCCUCGAUUCCCUAGGCGGCUGGGGCGGCUCGGAAGCAUCCAGUGUGCCAAAUGAUAGUGUUCCAGCUGUUCCUCGCAACACUCGCGUUGUCGCACCUACGGUUGAUUCGGCCAUUCAGCGCGGAACGAUUAUGACCAAGGUCACCAAGAAGAGAAGAAAGCAGGUGCGCUUUCUCCUUAAUCUUGAUGCAGGCAAGGUUUACUGGGACCCCUCAAACCCAGCUAAGAGAUUUUACAUCGACGACGUGAAGGAGAUUCGCGUUGGUGCGGAUGCGCGCAAUUAUCGAGAAGAGCAUCAAGUUUCUCAAGACGCUGAGAGUCGAUGGUUUACGAUUGUCAUCGCGGAUGCCGAGCGAUCCAAAGGCCGCCCCGUCAAAACGAUCCACCUCAUUGCCCCUAACGAACGUAUUCUUCAACUCUGGACCACGACGUUGGAGUAUACUUCGCGAUAUCGGGUGGGACUUAUGGCUGGUCUGGCUGCCUCGAAUCAAAACGAACCGGUUCUGAAGGCACACUGGCAGCGCGAAAUGGCUAGGCUUUACCCAAAUGCGGGGAUGGAAACUUUGGAUUUUGCAGCUGUCGAAAGCGUCUGUCAAAGUCUACACAUCAAUUGUUCCCAGAAUAUGUUGCGCGCUCAUUUUCUGAAGGCAGACAUUGGGAAAAACGGGAAACUCAACUUUGCUGAGUUCAAAGACUUCGUCACACGUCUACGAGAGCGCAAGGAUGUUCGGGAGAUUCUUAGGAGCAACGCAGAUGAUUAUCGUGAAGGCUUGACAUCAGAGGAGUUCCUGGCCUUCCUCCGUGACGUGCAAAAGGAGGAUGUUGAUUCCGACCGCGCAUACUGGAUCUCGAUUUUUGAUAAACUUGUCCGAAAGUCGAAGCCACGCACUCAAAGUCCCAACGAAAUCAACUCCGAUGAUCAGCUUCCUCGCAUGAAUCUUGAUGCUUUCUCGUCAUUCCUUGCCUCUGCCCGUAACGGGGUAUACGCUUCUCGCUCCCCUCAGUCCAGAUUCGAUCGGCCACUUAAUGAAUACUUCGUCUCAAGCUCACACAACACCUACCUUCUAGGCCGACAAGUCGCAGGGUCUUCCAGCACAGAAGCAUACAUUAGCGCGUUGACGCAAGGAUGUCGUUGUAUCGAGAUUGAUUGCUGGGACGGUGCAGAUGGUCGACCCAUUGUGUCUCAUGGGAGAACAAUGACUACUAGCGUUUUGUUUGCUGACUGCAUCACAGUCAUAAACCGCUACGCCUUUUUUUCCAGCGAGUUCCCUCUCAUUAUAUCUCUUGAAGUGCACUGCAACCCUGAGCAGCAGCUGGCUAUGGUCAAAAUCAUGAAGGAGACUUUUGGCGAUCAGCUAAUCUUAGAGCCUCUCCUUUCCAACUCGAUCGUUCUUCCAUCACCCGAAGAGCUCAAGCGUCGUAUCCUCAUCAAGGUCAAGACUUGUGACGAGACUCCGGAAAAUACACGCCAAGACCCGAAGACUUCGCUUCAUGGUCGCAAGCGAAGCUCCAGUUCGCCUUUUAUUCGCCCUUCGAUGAUUGACGGCCCUGCAAUUCCGCCCCUUCCCUCUCUUUCAAGUCCGCCCACGAUAGGCGCAGAUGGUCACGGUCCGUUCUUGGUACCUGAGCGGAGGUCUUUCACUACUACCAGCAUCAGCAGCGCCACAGAAGACAGUGAUGGGGCUCUUGUCUCUGUCAGGAAAGAAAAGAGAAAGCGCCAAAAGAGCAAAAUCACUAAACCCCUAUCAGACUUGGGCGUGUACACCCGCGGCUACAAAUGGCAUAGCUUCGUCUCUCCCGAGAGCCAAACAUACAACCAUAUCUAUUCCUUCGCCGAGCGGUCUUUCGAGGGUAUUUGUCGUGAACCCAACAAUAAAGCGCUCUUUGAGAAGCACAACACAAAAUACCUCACGCGCGUAUAUCCCUCUGGCUUUCGUCUACGAUCGUCCAAUUUCGAUCCCCUGAAAUUCUGGCGACGCGGCGUCCAGAUGGCUGCGCUCAACUGGCAAACCUAUGACGUUGGUAUGCAGAUGAACCAGGCCAUGUUUGCCGCAGGGAGCGAUCGUACUGGUUACGUGCUCAAGCCAGAAUCUCUUCGUGUUCUAUCAUCAGAGCAAGAUACACGCGUUACUGAACGGAAACUUGUUCGGUUCUCAGUCGACGUUAUUUCUGCCCAGCAGCUCCCCCGUCCUCAAAACAUGUCGCUGGACGGAAAUAUCAAUCCCUACGUUGAGAUUGAGAUGUUCAGUGCGGAUGACCGUGGCCAGAGCUUCGUUUUUGGUGAAGGUGGCAUGAACGCUUCUGCCCGCAACGGCAUGUCUGGCCUUGGCUUUCCGCACCGUCGACGCACCAAGGUCGAGCAGAGGAACGGCUAUAGCCCGAACUUCGACGAAAGCUUCCGCCUGUCCCUAGAGACCAAGUACCCCGAUCUAGUCUUUGUUCGAUGGACUGUCUGGAGCUCAACGGAUGGCCGAAGCGUGGGGAGCAACAGUAGUGUUCAGCUAGCUACGUUCACCGCUAAACUUACUAGCCUCUCUCAAGGGUAUCGUUACCUACCUUUGUACGAUGGCAGUGGUGAUCAGUACAUCUUCUCAACUUUGUUCUGCAAGAUCUCAAAAGAAGAGCCCAUUUCUGUUCGCAGACUGAACGCCGACGACCUCCGAGCCGAGCGCUUGGGUAUUCUUCGCCAGAUUGGUCAGACAGUCUUCAAGCGUACUUCGUCGACCGAGCGAGAGAAGCUUGAUCAGUCAGACCGGGGUACUGAAACCCCAAUAAGUCUGGAGGGCAAAGAGAUCUCUCCGGCCUUGACGCCAACCAUCUCUACCACCUCAACCGCGUCAUAG